AUGCCUCAAGAUGGGACUAUGCUGUAUUGCUUUCUGCAAGGCCUGCAGUGGCGAAGCAAAAAGUCUGCCAGAAGGACAACGAGCGAGUCUUUUUGCAGCACCCCGAGUCUCAGCAGCACCGGGACGCCAAGCGACGCGCCUAGUUGUGCCGCCUCGACGACGCAAAGCUUUGUGCAAUCCAAUGAGAGCUCACCAGCGCGCAAGCAGACAUUGAGAGGCGACAGUGGUUGUGCGACUUUGGAACAACUGGAUGACGAAAAGUGCCAGACCGACUCGACGCUGAAGAGCUGUGCAGGACAACGAAGACUUCGCUCAGCACGCAGCGGCAGUAUUCGAGAGUCCUGGCAUAGAUUGUCAGCAGUCAGCAAUCUCAGCAACGCGUGCACGAAUCCGGACUUGACAAGAAAUAUUAGCGUCCCAUUCAACCAUUCCUGCAACUCGCUCUUUCUUCAUCACUUGGAGGAGGAUACAAACACCGCUCAAGAGGCAUCACGAACCUUUGAGCAGCUCUUUGCCGCGCCUAGAUUAGCUCCCUUGCCUCCUCCGACAGGCAGUAGCAAGGCGAAAACAUUCCAGAAAAGUGACGAUGCUGCUCAAGCAAGGAUGAAGGCAAUGAGGAGCUGUCCAAGCAUGCCGACUUUGCGACGCGGUAAGCAGAGGAUGCCGGCGUCUUUUGACAAAUGGAUCGGGACGCUCGAGUGGGAAUUGCAACAUUCUUACGCUAGUCUUCAUCAGGCUGCAACCGGCAGCGCACUGGGCACGAACUUGGGCAGCUACAGCGCUCUAUUCCCUCGGCAACUUUCCGAAGCUGCAUCGCUCCCUACCGAUCAUCAAAGCACGCGCUGCGGGCGGCGAGAAAGCCAGCAAAGUCUCGCGUCGAUGCGAAUGGACCGUCAUGAGCAGCCUAGCGAUUCGAUCUGCAGACAGGGCGCACGAAGACCGAGAGGCAUGUCUAGCAGCAGCAUACAGUCUCUGCCUGUGCAAGUGCAUCGCGCUACCGUCGCGGCUGCUUCUUGCGCCGUAUCAUCGUCCUGUUCGAGCGUCGGCACGAAGAGCCCAUUCGGCCUGGCGUCCUUUUAUGACGCGACGGAAGGCCAUGCCUGCGAGAUGGAGCCACAAGAGUGGAUUGGUGAGUGCGGCAACGACCCGGAGAGUAUGGCCCCCUAG